CUCACCUUCCUUGAUUUCUCCCCCGUGUCCAUAAUUAUAGAGAGAGAAGGAGCAUGCGACGGUGAUUUAAGUGUCAUUAUUAUUAGUGUCAAUUAAUCAAUUAGUUUUAGAGAGAGAAAAUGUUAGGUGUGUUCAGCAGAUCGGUGGUUGCUCCGCCGGAGGAGCUGGUGGCGGCCGGUUGCCGGACGCCGUCGCCGAAGACCACAGCCGACGCUCUUGUAAAGCUCUUCCUCAAGACCAAACCGUCGGCGGUUUCCGUCCAGAUCGGCGACGAUGCGCAGUUCGCUUACUCUCACUCCAACCAGUCCGCUUUGCAGCCCAGACUUUUUGCGGUGAAAGAUGAAGUCUUUUGCUUGUUUGCCGGAUCACUUACCAACCUGGGGAGUUUGAGGCAGCAAUACGGGCUCGGAAAGCCGGCGAAUGAGGUGGUUUUGGUCAUCGAAGCCUACAAGGCCCUUCGAGACAGGGCACCUUACCCUGCAAACCAUGUCGUAGGGCACCUUGAGGGCAACUUUGCCUUCAUAGUUUUCGACAAGUCCACCUCCUCUCUGUUUGUCGCAACCGACCAAUUUGGGAAGGUGCCUCUCUAUUGGGGGAUCACUGCCGACGGGUGUGUGGCGUUUGCGGACGAUGCCGACCUUCUCAAGACCGCUUGCGGGAAGUCACUUGCUUCUUUCCCCCAAGGGUGCUUCUUCUCCACAGCAGUUGGAGAACUGAAAUGCUAUGAAAAUCCCAAGAGCAAGAUCACUGCUAUUCCAGCUCCAGAAGAAGAAAUUUGGGGAGCCAAGUUUAUGGUGGAGGGAGGGGCAGCUGUUGUUGCAGCCACAAAAUAGAGAUGUGUCUCUACAAGUGAUGUGAGUGCUUAAGGAGCUGCUUAUAUUUGGAGGUUUGUUUGGUUGGUUGUUUCACCUUCGCCAUUGUAAAUAGAGAUGGGCUAUAUGUGUAUUGCUCUCUUCUUGUUCACUCCAAUAAUAAAAUCUCUACCAUGGUGUUUACUUUUCAAUAGACUGAUUUUUUAUUC